CGGAGCCUGUGACUUUGCGCUGGCUGGCCCUGCCUGGCACCCCGGCGGCUCCUGGCAGGGGCACCCAGGGGGCACCCCGGCGGCGCACCUGUCGCCUCCCUCCCUCCCGCCGCCCUCCUUCCCCCGCUCGCGGAGCCUCCAGCAUGGAUUACAGCCCGGCGGGAACCGCGGUGGGCACCGGUGCCCUUGCCUAGGGGCACUGCCCUGGCGCCGCCUCGGAGGGCGCUGCCCGCGAUCUGGGGGGACCGUCCGUGCCCGCCUGGGUCUCGUCCCGCGCCCCCCACCCCGGUGUGGAUGGAUUGAGGGCUGCUGAGCCGACGGCGACCCCCCUUGCCCAAAAAGUUUGGCAAAGUGUUUCCUGCGCGCGAGGCGAGGCUGGGAGGGGGGGCGGCUCGCCUCGUCCCCCUUGGCCUGGAUUACAAUGCCCGGGGGCCCGGGGGCGGUCGGCGCCAGGGGGCACGGAUACUGAGGACGCCCCUGCCCGCCGGCCCCCGCCCCAGCCGCGCAGCCUUGGCACCAUGAGCGCUGCCGCCUGCAAUGCCCUUCAGCUUCUCCUGGCAACAACCUUGCAGAUCCUGUGCUGCGCCGCUACGGUGAUGCGUCCUGACGCUGACGCAACUCAUCCGUCCGGGGAAGUGAUCCGGUGGAUGGAGGUGUAUAACCGCAGCUUUUGCCAGCCCAAGGAGACGCUGGUGCCUGUGAGUGCUGAGCACCCUGGGGAAGUGGAACACAUCCUGGUGCCCUCCUGUGUGCCCUUGCGCCGUUGUGUUGGCUGCUGCUCAGACGAGGAAUUGCAGUGCGUGCCCGUCCAGAUGCACGUGGUGAUCAUGGAGGUGAUGAAGACACGGUUCCCACGCAGCCACCUGGGUCAGAUGUCUUUUGUGGAACACAGUGCGUGUGAAUGCAGACCAAAGAAAUUAAUUGCAGACAAAACAGAAAGGGUGCCCUGCCCACCUUGUCUGGACAGACGGAAGCAGCCAGAUCCACAGACAUGCAAGUGCCGCUGCCGGCGCCGGCCUCAACGCUGCCGGGACCGUGGUUUGGAACUCAAUGAACACAGUUGCAGGUGUGAAAAGCUUCGCAGAUGAUCCAACAGGAGAGCAAGGAGGAGGGAAUUUAGGAUUAACCCUUCCCCAUGUUGCAUUAUCACUGGAUAAUCAAGAAAAACUUCACAACGGGAUUCCCUCCCGGUGGCGAUGACCUUUCUCAUUGGAGAACAGACUAGGGUUGUUCGUCGGGGAGACCUCUUUGUUCACGAGGUGUCUGACAACUGCCAGGAAAGGAUGCUGACGGCCAACCUGGCCUGCACCCCCCCAUCCUCAAUCCUCCGCAGUGGAGUGGGGCUGUACCUCAAAAAGCCAGGACCACCACAGAAGUGCAAAGGUUUCCACCCAGCUUAGAGACAUUUUAGAGAUGCUGCCCCAUAUUUAAAAUCCGAAACCAGUCCCCUGUGGUCCACAUGCACACGUCUCUUUUAAUUUAAUCGCCUUCCUUUUGAAGGCUCCUUCUCUUCUCCCUCCCACCCCAUCUUUUUUUCAUUCACUACCUUCCCACGUCUGCGCUCUCACUGAGAUCUGAGGCUGAAAAAAGAGACACCUUUUAAAGCUUUUUGCGGGCGCGAGAGCCCCCGCCUCCGCUUGUACUUCAUGUCAUAAUGUUAUUAUAUUAUAUUAUUCUAUAUAUUAAUAUCCAUAAAGAUCUGUCUGUAAGA